GGGAAGCUUCGUUUGAACGGUGUAGAUUAUUUUUCAGUGAAGCACGGAGUGCCUCGAUGGUUGUUCGGCUUGAUGUGUCUCGCUGGUGUGCCGCAGUGGUGUCUGUUGUAUCUUUUGGCCCCCUCGAGUGACGGGGAAGCUUUGUUUGAACGGUGUAGAUUAUUUUUGAGAGAAGCACUGAGUGCCUCGAUAGUCGUUCGACUUAAUGCGUUUCGCUAGUGUGCCAUUGGUGACUGUUCGUCAGACUGUUUUCCAUUUUUACUGGAUCGAAGCAGCGAUGGUAGGACAAGAUGGACGUCGAAGCAGCUCUCCUGGAGAACUCGCCGACACUCUCGACGAUCUCGUCGGACUGCACGGACGCAACGUACUCCGGCCCGGGCUCGCCUUACUCCCCGGAAUCGCCGAUCAUCGUCACGUCCUCGUAUAAAAAGGCGAAGGAUGACGAGGUCACGCCCCGGCCAACACCCAGACACCCACCGCCGCCCAGGAAGCCGAACUUCCGGAUACGACCGCCCUAUCUGAUGAUCUGCAUCAGCAUCGUCGAGAUAGCCGUCCACUGCCUGGGGGAUGAAGCGACCUUGCGCAGGUGGCUGGUCUACGACCCCCGCCAGAGGAUCCAGGGCUGGAGGUUCGCAUCCUACAUGCUCCUGCACUCGAACGCGCUUCACCUCGCGCUGAACGUGGUCAUCCAGCUGGUGCUGGCCACCCCGCUCGAGGUGGAGCAAGGCCGGAUAGGGGUUGCCACGAUCUACCUAGGGGGUGGUGUUUGCGGAGCGCUCGGCGCAUCCCUGCUGCAGCCGAGUUUGUUCCUGGUGGGUUCCUCGGCAGGUGUUUACGCACUGCUCACCAGCCAUCUCGCGCAUCUUUACUUGUGUCACGGCGAGCUGCGGUACGCCGGCUGGCGUCUCGGCGCGGUGCUGCUGCUGGCUGGCGCGGACGUGGCGUCCCUGCCCAUCCCGGCGCUGCUGGGCUGCGGCCGUGUGGGCUGGGCAGCCCACGUGGCAGGUGCGCUGGCAGGUCCGCUGCUGGGCCUGGCGGUGUUCCCGAACCAGAGCAAGAAGGACUCGAGGGGCCGUAGAUUCGUCAGGUUCGUGCGGCUGCUGUCCGCCAUCAGCGUGAUGCUGCUGGUGGUCGGCGCCAUCUUGGGCAACGUCUACCUGAUCGCGCUGCCGCAGCUGAGGAAGCCCUCCUGACAGAGGAUCGAGCUGCUCGUCAAG